AUCAAAACAUGGCGACACAUCCUUCGACGUUUUACGCGCUAAGUGAUGUUAUGCUACCUGAGAGAGUUGUCCUCUGGGACGAGACUGAGGUGGCUAAAAAGCAGAUAGAACAAGUCGGUGCAUCGGCUUGUGGAGCUACAGCAGUUUUAAAUGUUCUGGUAAAGUAGUUUAAUUGUGCAUCUGUAGAGUAUGUUUAAUAUGCGAAUACCAGUGUAUGUGAGAGCACCUAGUUGCCUUGCAUGUAGACAGGACAUGCCUCGCUAGUAAAGUCAUUUUGUUGGAUUUCAAAGCUGGUAUUUGCUAAAACUGAGCCUUUGAAAAUAAUAGUACCCUUUUUACCCUCAAUCAAAAUAAGGGCACCUGCGUGCGUGACCUUAACGAUGAAACGAAAAAAACGCCUUGUCGCUCUCUUCAGAUUGUUUUCGGCCAGAAAGGACAAUGCCAAUCAUUGCACUUCAGUUGAAAAAUUUUACAAAUAUAUGUUACAAUAAAUGGCAACAAUAUGUAUCUGUUAUUUCUCAAUCAAAUCGUCUGCCAUUUCAUAGGAGAUCGUGUUUCAGCCGAGUUGCAUCGGAGAAGCGAUCGAGAGAAAAAAAUGGUGCCCUAUACUUCAGGUUAACUUUUCAAAAUGUAAAGUACAAAAUCACCUGCUGCACGGGAAAUUAGCUGGGCUAAAAAACUGUAAAAAUAGGGUAAUAACUGAAUGAUGCCACUCCUAACGCCUUACACCUUGCUUCUAGAAAUUGCUUGGAAGAUCUGCAUCAGUGGAUGAGGCAAAUAAUGCAGUAAAAACCAAGCUAAGAGAUCUUGAAGCUCCUUUACCACAAUAUCUUUCGUCUCGUAGUGUUGCGGGAACAACACAUAUAGAUCUCAUCGAGGGCCUAGGAAAACUAACCUGUGGAGAAAUUGUUGGGCAGUUCUUUCACAUGUACCCUGAACGUGACUUUGACUUAGAAAAUUGGCUGAAAUAUUGGCUCGUACAUGGUGCCAUACCUGUAGCAACCUUAAAUCGUCAAAAGGUUCCUUUGACUGAUGGAACAAUACCAGAUGCUUGGCAUCAUCAAGUUAUUUGUGGUGUGAGCAGCAAUGGGGCUCAUCUUACUAAUCCAGAGGCAGUGUGCCCCUUUAAUGAAAUAUCUAAACAGCUUUGCAGUGAAUCUGUUCUUCUCAUUCACCGGCACGACAUCAUACAGAGAUGGAGUAACAAUAUUGACUAUUCUUCUUGGAACUCUGAUGGAAUAAAUCAAAGGUGGAUUGAAUUGAAAGUCCAAGAGCAGAUUAAUCGCAUGGUAAAAGAAGAAACACUUCUUCUACUUCAUGGAAGUGAAAUUAAACACAGAGAGCUGUUAACAACACACAUCACAAUUCCUGCUGCAUACAAAUCAGGGAUUACUCUGUUUGCUCUAAGGGAUUCUAGGACACAUCGACUAUUAGAAAACAGCACUGAACUUCCUAUUAAGCUUAUCAAUCAGAGAAAAGAUAUUGAAGAACAGUACUCUGGAGGGCAGAUAAAUCUGAGCAUCAAUGUAUAAUGUAAGAUGGAAACUAAAUAUUAGGAAAAAAGACAAACACCAAUGUGGGGUGUGACUGUAGACUGUUGCUCGAGUGUUAACAAGAAAAAAUAUAUUAACAAAGACAUUAAUGAUAAUAAAAUAAUGACAGAAGUUGUGGACCAUAGCACAAUUUGAAGCUGUCGAUAAAUGCUGGUAGUUUUUGUCAAUGUACUCAUUUAUUAUCAUUAUUAUUCAGUAAGGGUAAUAUUUAUUACCAAAGCUGUUGAUGCAGAAGUUAAAAUUUUUAAAUAACAUGCUCUGUUGAAGUACAAAUUAGAAAUUAAUUUAAAUAUUGGUGAUUUGAUAAAGGCAUUUAAAGUUUGUGAUUUAAAAUGUUGAUUUUAAGAUAGCAAACUGCUGCUUAAAUUAAUCAAGUAGCAUUAAAAUUAAUUAACAUUGUAUUAUAAUUUACUACCUCUUUCCGGCGUACUAACUUUGGAAUGUGGGAUGCACAUCUUUGCUGCAUUAAUUUCUUUUUUUUCACAAUUUCCUGGGGGAGUAUGCCCCACAAUGGCACCUUACUCGUGUUAUGUUGCUGGCAAAUAAACUUGGAUAUUUACAAAUGUAUAUAUACAUUUUGUGUUGAAGGUCAUGCUAGAAAAAAAUAUAUGUCGACAUACAGAGAGAUUGAAAUAAAGAUAGUUGCUUUAGAGUUCAACUUGUCAAAGCUGUGACCCCAAUUAUGUGUGAGCACAGU